AUGGCUUCGACACGAACCAACACCAUACCUUGCAGUGUCUAUGGGUGCAGGAACAACAAAAAGAAUAAACAAUUAUCGUUCUUCUCUCUUCCCACAGACUACAGUGACAUUUCUAACAAUGCCCGUUUCAUAACAAGAUUACGUAACAGAUGGUUAAAGAUCAUAGAUAGAACUGACCUAUUAGAAAAAAAAGAUUUGAAACCAAGAAACUAUGUAGUGUGUUCCGCUCAUUUUGAAAAAGACAUGAUUAUACAGACGCCGCGCCUAAAACCAGAAGCAUUGCCUACUAAGUAUAUUCCGGAAGUGUCUGAUAAUUCUACGAGUAACACUGAAACAACCAGGGAAGUAUCAACACAAGCGAAUUGUGAAGUUAAUAUAACAUGUAUUAAAGAAGAUGUCUUAUCUAUAACGGUAGAAACACAAACAGAUAGAGAAAGAAUUGAUGAAGCGCAAACAUCUAUUGGUCUUUCUACGGGCACACUAAGGAAAAGGAAACUUCGGACAGGACUACCGGACCCUGAGGAAAAUAGAAGAAAAUUAGAAAUAGUUAAGAAGAAAAUAAUGAGACUACGGAAAAUUGAAAAAGAACUUGAAGCUGACACUUCUCGCUCUGGGUGGGAAAUUGUAGACAUGUGA